GUUUCAACAAACCAUCGGCCAAUUCCGAAGAAGAAGAAGCAACAGGAAUCGUAGCAGCCAAGGCAACCGUGAGCAUGGGCUCCCUGGGUCCUAGCGUGGUGACCCUGCAGGAACAGCAGCAGCAGCCCAAGCCCCGCAAACCGGCGGCGGCGGGCGGCGGCUGCCACGAGCUGGAGCAGCAGAGCAGCAACUGCGGCGGGUCGUCGUUCCGGAUGCCGCUGCACUACCCGCGGUACAAGAAGGCGGACUACGAGGCCAUGCCGGAGUGGCGCGUCGACUGCCUGCUCCGCGAGUACGGCCUCCCCGUCGCCGGGGACCUUCGCGGGAAGCGGGAGUUCGCCAUGGGCGCCUUCCUCUGGCCCGGUCAGUACUGAUGAACUGUACGUUUGAUGGAGUCCCAGAUCGAAGCAGCAUAUGCAUAAGGAGUCGAGAUUCUCCCCGCCGGAUUCACCAUUUUACCUACACUAGACAUAGGAUCCAGUGAUUCGGUAUGCAUCAGCUCGUUCUCGAUCGUUCCAUGAAACUACUAUAAUUGUCGUCGCUCUCCUCCUCACCUCGCGUGCAUCGUUGUGGAAUCAGUAAUUCAUCAGCAUCUGUACAAUACCAUGUGGCUGGGCAGAGUAUGUAUUGUCAGUACGAGUUAGUUAUUUCAUCAAAAAUGGAAUAAACAUAAAUAUUCCAGCUUCUAUGUCUGGGAUUCA